CCUACUUCAGUCGCCUCGCGUUCGCCAACUUGUGCGCACGUGUUGCGUGCUCGCGUUUCCAGUUUUAAAAACACUGUCAAAGAAGAAAUUUAUUUACCCAAUUUUCAACUAUUUCUUCAUUUAAUCCUUCACAGUGCAUGAUGAUAUCAAAAAUAAACAAAUGAUCUUACCUUGCAGGAUGUUGAUGAAAAGUUAAUUAUCAUAAUCAAAAAGUGCUCUUAAAUUGUGAUGAUUGUUUAAAAAAAAAAAAAAAAAUUGAGAAAAUAAUCGGAAAUAAAAGAAGUGGUUUUUUGGUGUUGUGUUUAUUAGAUUGAUGGCUUAUUUUAUUUUUUUAGUGAUGUGUUUUGUGAUUCCAUUAAUUGAAUGAUAAUGAAGAAUUUUAGAUGCAGAUGAUGUGCUCUAUUUUCUUCAAUAAUUUAAUGAAGAUUCCAUUAUUUUUUGGAUGUAUCAAGAAGUUGAUUUUUUUAAUGUCACAAUUUUAAGCAGUGAUUUUGAUGGUUUUCGAAAUCAUCGGCAUGCGGAAUCCUGGUUUCCUCGUGGAGGAUGCCAGGCAUGGAUACAUUCAAUACAUCAGCCUGAGUGAAUGCUAUUUCGCGGGCAAGGGUGCGGCCUUGGUUUUACCGCCAAACGAGAGAGCACGGCCCUCCCGUCGUGUUUCGGCCGCAGGAUGCGACAUUCAACAGCAUCUUCAGUCAAUGUUUUAUCUCCUGAGACCAGAGGAGACUUUAAAAAUGGCAGUCAAGUUAGAGUCCGUUCAUCCUGGCAGGACGCGAUAUCUCGUCGUGGUAUCCUGUACUGGAAGACAGGAUGCCGAGGAGAGUUGUCUGUUGGGAAUAGACUGCAAUGCCAGGGCGACGGUUGGACUCGUUCUACGAGUUUUGGCCGACACUGCCAUCACUCUCGACGGCGAUGGUGGCUUCAGCGUCAGCGUCUGCGGUCGUCAACACAUCUUCAAGCCGGUUUCCGUUCAGGCUAUGUGGUCAGCUUUGCAGACAUUGCACAAAGUUUCUAGCAAGGCACGAGAGCAAAAUUACUUUUUGGGUGGACUGUCACACGAUUGGGUCAGUUACUAUGAACAACGAAUCGAAAGUGAUCGCUCGUGUCUCAAUGAAUGGCAUGCCAUGGAUAAUCUCGAGUCUCGAAGACCACCUUCACCGGACAGCGUUCGCAACAAGCCGAGAGAGAGAGAAGAAACUGAACGUGUAAUUCGAUCGACAUUAAAGGAGAUCAUGAUGUCUGUUGAUCUUGACGAAGUUACGUCCAAGUACAUCAGAGGGAGGCUCGAGGAAGAUCUCGAUAUGGAUUUAGGAGAGUUUAAGCCUUUCAUCGAUCAGGAGAUGCUCACCAUUCUAGGUCAAAUGGAUUCUCCAACCGAGAUAUUUGAUCACGUUUACUUGGGAAGCGAAUGGAAUGCGAGUAAUCUUGAGGAAUUGCAAAAAAAUGGAGUGAGGCACAUAUUAAAUGUGACACGAGAAAUUGACAAUUUCUUUCCGGGAAUGUUCAAUUAUUUAAAUGUUCGAGUGUACGAUGAUGAGCAAACGGAUUUACUGAAACAUUGGGACGACACAUUUAAAUACAUAACCAAAGCAAAGAAAGAGGGUUCAAAAGUGUUGGUGCACUGUAAAAUGGGUGUGUCCCGAUCGGCGUCCGUUGUCAUUGCGUACGCGAUGAAAGCAUAUAAUUGGGACUUCUCACAGGCGUGGAAACACGUCAAGGAUAAGAGAAAUUGUAUAAAGCCUAAUAACAGUUUUCUCCUGCAACUCGAGACUUAUCAAGGCAUUCUCGAUGCAAUGAAGAAUAAAGAGAAGCUACAGAGAUCCAAGUCUGAUACUAAUUUAAAAUCGCCAACAUUGGCCAAGGAACAAACCAAGAAGGAGCAAAAGGUGAAUUCCAUUGAUGGCUCAUUAACAGAAUCAUCUGGAGUCGAAUUGAAAAGUAAAGGUCAAAGACCAAAGAGCUGGUCGCCAAAUUUGGAAGCUGCCGAAAACAUCAUACCGGCCGCUCCAUUGUCGCAGUCUCUCGAGAGUAUCGACAAGACUGGAAAUCCAGAAGUCACGCGAGAAGAACUUCUGCGAGGCUCCAAUCCAAAGACUGGAGUAGAUCAAGAAGCGAGGAACGUCCUCAUGCCUUGUGAUAAUGGACAAUCGUACAGCGUCUCACAAAAUCAAAUUGUCCAAUUGACACCGGGUCCCGAUGGUCCGAGUGUCAAGCAUCGAGUCAGCAAACUAGAGACCCAAGGACAGAAGCGCAAGGGCCUUGUUUUAAAUUUGACAAAUCAAUUCGAAGCCGCAACGAGUAAACCCUCAUCACCUGGUUCCGAUACCGAUGGUAAACCUCUCGUUGAACUCGUUAAUGGUCUAUUGGAUCAACAAGCACAAAGUCAACACAUCCCACAAAUAACUGCCGUCGUACUCAAAAAAGAAGUAUGGGAUCCCGGCGAAAAAGCCGAUUCUAGAAAAUCAUCUGAUAAUAGUGAAUGUCUAGUCUGGACUGCGUCUACAGAAACUAAUUGUAAUAAUUCAAAUGGAGAAGUGAGUGAGGAUUCGUGUCGAAAGUCAAAAAGAGAAGGAGAUUUGUUCAGCGCUCAAUUGGACCGAGUAUUCGAUCGUGAGGAAAGACAACCAACGACCAGAGACUCGCCAAGUCGUCAGAGUUCCUGGAGUAGCUAUGACAGCGCUGUCGUUCUCGACAAUUCAGUUCACAGUUCCUGGGCCACGCUUCCAUCGAGAAACAGUUCCUGGGGCUCGUACGAUAUGCGUCCAGCUGAUCCUCUAGGAUCGAGUGGUCUCUUCCCCUAUGACAAGGAAGAAAUUCCCUGGCAUCCAGGCACUGUGAAACGAACGAAACAAAAACUCGAAGAAGGCACUGUGAAGAGAGUUUGCACACAAAAUUCCGAUUCUGAUGAGAAAGAUAGAUUGACAACCGAGGCCGAAGAUCAUCCCACGGAAGGUUUCAAUCCUGUUCUAUUGCAUUACACACCAUCGCCAACUCCAAGACGAAGGGAUCCUUCGCCAAUUACAGCUGAACAAAAUCUCAUCAACGAACAACAGAAUCAAAUUCUAAACGAUUCACCCCUCGGAGCCAUUGAUAUCACUCCAAUGUCCCUGCGACAAAUGGGUCGACUCUCGACAAGUGCACCAGCACCAUCGUCACUUUCAUCCGAAACUGAUUUGCCCAUUUCCUUAAGAACAUGUAGAUCCGAGAGUGAAACAUCAAGUCCAAGUGUAGUCAACACACCGCAAUGUCCAUCUGUUAAACAUCAUAAAAUGGUCCUCGAGAAUCUCAAUACAAAACCAAUUUUCAAUAAAAGAUGUUUCUCUGUUGACGAUUCGCCCGAGGCCGAAUGUCAACGAAGCAUUUCGGGCAUUGUCAAGAAUCUCAAAAAGGAAUUUGAGGCAAAAUCAUUCACCAAAACUGAAAAGAGUCCCGAAAAUUCAUCAUUCGAUUCAGAUGUGAAUUUACGACCGAAAAGAGAUGUAAAAAUUAGAAGUCUACCCUCAUCGCCAGUCAUUGCGCACAAUGAAUCAAAGAUUCAUGAAUCGAAACGAAAUUCACCGUCUCAGGAGACGGAAGAUCUUUCCGUGAAAGUUCUUGUUGGUAAAUAUGAGAAACCAGAAACAAAAAGAAAUUCAGAAAUACAAUUGCGUGCUAAUAGAGAUCGUGAUUCAAUGGAAAUGCAUCCGCCAGCAAAAUCGAAAAUUGCUCCAGAAUUUGUUAGGAGAUCGACUCCAAUUAUUAUUAAUCAUUCAUCAUCAUCAUCAUUGUUUAAUGAAACACCGGAAGCACCAGGUAGGCCACCAAUUCCCACUUCAAGUGUUGUUGUCGCUAGUGUUGUUGCAAAAGCUGCCAGCAAAAAGCAACAACAAUACGGUAGAACACAUCCUUUAGCGAGGUUGCAGGACAGACCUAGGCAUAGUAGUCCCGUUUACAAUACUAUGUAAGAAUAAAGACUCUCUUUUAAUUGAAAAACAAAAUAUCGUAAGCGACGCUCGUUCAUUUAUAUUAAAAUGAAACUAAAAGAAAAACUUUUUUUUUUUUUUUAAUACAUUUUUUAAUUAAAAUAUUUAACAGCAUUGUAAAUAAUUGAAAUUACACUUUUUUUUAUAUAAAAAAAAGAAGUGUUUAUGGAUUAUGUACAAAAAAAAACAAAUUUUUCUCCUGAAACUUACGUAUUUGAAAAUAAUUUCAUUAUUCUCAAGAAAUUGUAAUUUAAACAAUUAGGAUAUACUUUCAGUUAUAAUUUUUAAAAAAAAGAGAAUCUUCAUAAAGUAAAUAUCGAAUUUUUAUAGUAAAAUAACAUUUUUUAAAACCAAAUUAUAACACAUAAAAAGCGAAUAUCUUUGAUUUUUAAAAAUUUUUAAUAACUGCAUUUACGACGUAAAUUGUUUGAGAAAAAUUAGUACACCUUGUUUGUGAUAACCUCAAAUUCAUUAAAAAAUAGAAAAUAUAAUUCAAGGGUAAAAAAAAUAACUAAAUAGGAAUUCUAUUUUUUUUUUAAAUUUUGUAUAAACCAUUUUAAAUUAUUAUAAUUUUAAGUUUUAAUCAAUUUUUUAUAUUUACUGGCAAAAAAAAACAGUAUAAAUCGAAAACAAUUUAAUAAAAUUGGAACACUUGAAACAAUUUGAAAUUCAAUUAACGAAAUUGUUGUAGAUUUAUUUUAAAAUUUUUAAUUUGAAUUUUAAAUUAAUAAAAUUUUUAAAUAAAAAAAGUACAAGAUUAGUAUAUUUACAAUUAAGUUCUUAAACUUCAAGAUUAGCUAAAAUUGGCAUUAUCAACUCUAAACUCCAAACAAUUAAAUCAAUGAAAUGAGUGAAUGACAAAAUAAAUAUAAAAACUUAUUUGUCAGGAGAGUACAUUUUUUCAAAUUUUAUUUUGAACAAUUAAUAAAAAAAAAAAAAAAUUUUCCAACAGAAAUAAAAAAAAAAAAUUGAUCAAAAUAAUUAAAAAAAAUUUUUUUUAAUUCAAUAAAUUUUUGAAAUAAAUUUAAAAAUUAAUUCAAAUUAUUUAUUAAGAAUAACAUUUUUACUAUUUAAUAUUUUAAUUAUAGAGAAAAAUUUUAAUUGCUUUAAAAAAAUAUUUUUAAAUUCAAUUAAUUAAUUCUUUUUUUUCAAAAUGGAGAAAUAAAAACGAAGAUAAGGAAUUUACAAAAAAAAAAUAUUUAAUUUUUAUUUUACACUGCUUUAUAUUAAGUAAUUGAGUUUACAAAAAUGAUGUAUUGUUGAAAAUAAAAUUUUCUUUAUUUAAUAUUCAAAACGUAAUUGGGAGAAUGUUAAAUAUUUUGCUAUGUAUAGUCAAAUACUGAUUUAAAAUUGUAUUGGCAUAAUUCAGUAACUUUUUUUUAAAAAAAAAAGAUUUUCAUUUAUUUUUCAUUGAAAUUUCACUGAAUCAAUUAUUUCUAUAGAAAAAAAAUUAAUAAAUAAAAAGAAAAUACAUCAAGAAGCAAUUUUACUUUAUAGAAUAUAUUUUAUUUAUUCACAAAAAAUAUUCAUAUACUGAAAUUUUUUAAAUAAUUUCAAAGAACAAUUCAAUAAUUGUUUUUAUUUCACUCAUUAUGAGAUGAGUUUAAUAUUCAUUGCUAUGAUGUUUUUCUCAAAAGAAUGAUCUUUAUUUUUAAGAUCCAACUACUAUUUAAUGAAAAAUUAAAAACUUUCAUAUCAAAUGAUUGAGCGAAGCUUACGGAACGAAACGAGAAUUUCGAUAUUAAAUACGAGUCUCGUGUUCGAAAAAAAAAUAAUAAUAAUAAAAAAAAAAAAAAAUUAAAUUGUGUGAUCUCCUUAACGCCAAUAGUUUAAAACUCCUUCGAGCCAUCGAUAUUUUGCUCGAUUAGAGUGGCUGGAACUCGUUAAGACAAAAAAAAAAAAAUAAAAUAAAAUAAAAAUUCGACAAUUGGAUUGUAAAUGAUUAAGAAAUUCUGUACAUUACGCAUUGAGAUUAUUUUCUUCCCAUAAAAAUUUUAACUAACAGUCAACGAAACAUUAGUUUGACAGUUUUUGUUUUUUUUUCUCUCUCUCUAAUCUAACUCUUCUGCUUUAAUUUUGAGUCAACCCUCUCAUCUUUUUGUGUAGAUGAGAGUUUCUUCUCAAAAGAGUAAAUGAGAAAAAAAUAGAGAGAAAUUUCGACUUGGAAUCAAAGAAAAAGAAAAAAAAAAAAAAUUUCUAAGACCGAUGCGUAAAAAGAGGGGUGAUGAUGAUGCUUCGAUUUGUCGAGAGGCGUGUGCUCAGUCAGGCUGUGAAUGUAACGUCUGAGCCUCGCACAAGUUCUGGUCUAUAUUCAUUUCAUUCUUGCUUUGUUUUUAAGUCAUUCGACGUUUACACUGUAAUUAUUAUUAUUAUUAUUAUUUGUCGCGUCAUUACAAUUUUGUCGAGACGUUUAGCGGAAGAGAUCUCGAGACAAUGUAAUGUUAAACUAUUAGUAACUUAUAGUAAAUAAUGUGAUUAGACGCACUUGCAAGUGCAAUGUGUGCAUGAAAGUGAAUGAUGUAGUAAAAUUUUUUGCGUAAUGUUUGUAAGUAUGUGUACAAUUGAGGGAAAUUCACUCAAAAACAGUCAAAUAUUUUACCUUGAGACAAAUAAACAUUUUUUUUUUUAAAUCAAAAUUGAUAUGAAUAUUAAUAAAAUAAUUCUCGAUUUUUUUUUUAAAUUAUUACGUAUUGUAUGAAAAAUUGAAAUUUACUUCUUAGAGGUUGAUAAAAAAAAAAAAAAACUAUAUCUCAAAUAUGACUGUUUUAGUGAUUUCUUUUCUAUAUUUUUUUUCUUUUUUUUUUUUUUUUUGUAAAUUAACUUUAAUUGUCCUACUCUUUAUAUUUGAAUUAAUAAUAAUUGUCACGACAUAAAAUCGAUUAUGUUUGAUACUUUAACUGAACCAGUUUUUGAUACCCGGCGAUGUAAUUUUUUAGAUAAUGCCUCAGAUUGAAAUCGUGAUUUUAAAAAGCCAAAAGUACAACUAAAUAAUACCGGAGGGUGCUAAUGUGCAUGUUUUUUUAAAAAAAAAUUGUGAGCCAAGCUACGCGAGUGUUUCCUAUACGAUUUUCAAAGAUAUUUUUUAAGACAUAUCGAACUUUUGUUAUAUAAAUAUAAUACUGUGCGUGCAUUCUCACGUGUCUCUCGCGUAUCAAUGAAUUUAGUUAGUGAGAUGUAAGAAGAAGAAAUAAAAAAAAAAAAAGAAAUACGAAUUAAAUAUGAAAAUUAAAAACAUUAAGAAAAAUGUGAAAAUGAAUAAUUUUAUGAAAACAAAUUGAUGACCAAUUUUUUACGCUGGGCGAUGCGGUUUGCAGAUAAAAAAGAAAACAAAAAACAAAAAGAAUUGAAAAAAUGCAACACUUCGCGUUUUAAGCACACGACAAUUAUUCUAUUUUAUAUUACAAUGUGACUUCUAAACCAAAUAGGCUUUGUGUUAGAAGUAGAGUUGUGAAUACGACGAACUUUCCAAAUGUAACUCAAAACUUUUAGAUGAUCGUCGCCGUUAGAAAUUAAUAAGUAACUACUUACUCGUUAAGUAAGGCUGGAUGAUUUUUGGAAAGAGUACAUUGAACACGUUUCGAUUGUGAAAAUUGGUAUUAUUUUCUGCAAAUAAUUCAAGUUACAUUAGCUCUCUCUCUCUAUCUCUCUCUUAGUCUUUGAGAUAAUAAUACCUAAAAAAAAAAAAAUGGAUCGUAUUUGUUGUUGAAACGAGACGCGUCGUACUCUUUUCUCUAACCGAGUCGAUUAGUUUACUUAGUAAGUCAAAGUAAGUUUUGUAUUAUUGCGAAUCGAUGUGCUCAUUUUUAUUAGUAAUUUUCUCCUUCCUCCAUGUCCCAUCCGCUUAAAUGUGUGUGCGUUCAAACGAGAUGAGAAGCUGUUGUCAUAUGAGGUACGAAGUAAAUAAAAGAAAACCAUGCGUUGUUCUGUAUAAAUUUUGUACCAUAGUUUGUAUUAAAUAAAAUUGUUUAUUGCUUGUCAGAA